UAAAAAAAAUCUGAUCAAUUUUUCUCAUUAAUUGAAGAAGGUUUUAAAAGAAUUCUAUAAAUCAGAAGUAUUCAUCGGUAUUAAAAAAGACAUGUCUUCUUCAAAAAAUCAAGAAACGAUUAUGCAUUAUACGUAUUGAUAUUUAAUGUGUUUAAUUAAUACUAUUAAAAUGCUUUUUUUCCGAAUAUUCAGAAGUUUAAUUUGCAUAUUUUGUAACUCACGUAAUCGAUCAGUCUUAAAUAAGUCCGCUCUUAUUUUAAGAAGCGCAUUUCAAAACUAAAUAAAUAAUAUACAAUUUAAUCUUCAUAGUAAAUUUUAUAAUAAUAUUUACAUCUUGCUGUAUUCACGCCUACAUUUAUGUCAUUUGCUUAUAUGUAGCAUGAUCUCAUUAAUUGUCCUUAUGACUAUACAAGGAAAGAAAUCAUUGGGAUUCCAGACACAAUAUUCAAACGUUUGAGAUCAUUGUAAAUGUUAGUGAACGAUGAAGAAGUAAAGUAUAUACGUUCGUGAUAAUAUGUGUAUGAUUUCGCUAUGGUAAAAGUGUCUCAUUCAUCAAAGAUCCCAAAGGGACCUGAACGGAUAACUAAAGAGAGGCCUAUCAAAACUAUAAACAAAAAUGUGGACCUAAGGAGAUCGCCACGGAUCAGAUUUGCCGUGUCUAAAUUACAUUACCAAAGACGGAAGAAAGGAAAAAUAAGGGAUGUAGCAUAUUUAGAAGUAAUUUUAUCUGAGAAUCACAGUUUGUGUGCAGCAGAUUUCAGUGCAAUUAUUCGAUGUGUUCUGUUCAUUUUUCAAGAGUUUCCGGUAUAUUUUUGUAACAAAGGCAGUCGACGGAGCUGUUUCGUUCUAUUUGAUCCACAAGAAGUGUUCGAUAUUACAGAGGAAAAUCAAAAUGUACAGAAAUGUUCCUAUCUCCCCGAGGUACCUUUUACGGACUUUUUGGUAAGGACGUCGAGAACUGCGGACUCUUUCUUGGUUCUAAGUAAGACGCCAGAGUGCCAGCGGCUGUUUGAAAAGCUUCAAAGGUACGUUGACCAUCACUUCUGUCCAUAUAAAGUUGAUCUGUCAAAGAAACAGUUGACGGACUUGCCAUAUGAAGAUGUCUUUCUGCACAACGUGUUUUACCAUGAUAAACAUAUGUUGGUUGAAAACUGGAGCUCUAACACGACUUCCGGAACAAACAAGAACAGUGAUGUUGUUGUUUCGCUGAAAGGGAUUGACGUAACUGUUUUCCCCCAUGACAAUACCUCUUUUGCAAAUUCAGCAUAUCCAUCAAAUUUUAACAAGAGCAUAGUGUACAAUGACGGUGAAUUGCUACCAAACCCGUCGCCUUGGCGGGCAGGGUUUGCGUUGAGUGAAGAUGCAAAUGCGCUUAAGCAGAACAACAUUUCCACCUUAGAGAGCGCUAGAGCAGAUGAUAAUUCACGAAGCAACAGAAAACGCCCUCGCUAUCCAGGGAAAAUUACCGUGGAAAAUAGAUUGGACACGUUUAACGCAUGGCCGCAUUCAGCACCGACACCACAAACACUUGCAGUAGCUGGCUUCUUUUUCACGGGCGACGCGGACCUGGUUCGGUGCCACCAGUGCGGUAUCGGUCUCAAAGACUUCAGCCCGAUUGACGAUCCAAUGUCAGAGCACAUUAAACAUGCUGGCAGUUGUGACUUCCUCAUUGACUUGUAUGGGGUAACUGCACUGGAACAGAAAAGGUGUCUUAUCAACGACCCCGAAGCAAUUAGAAGACGCCAGCUAGAAUCGUUCCAAACACAAAAAGCCCCAGAUACCAAAUACCGAAGACCCGAGUACGCGAGUUAUGAGGCCCGCCUGUCAACAUUUGAUGGCUGGCCGGAAGAGGUUCUCAAAGGCCCUGCCAGUUGGCACACGCUGGUCUCUACUUUACAGGUGUUGAAGAUCACGUGCGGUGUUUCGCCUGCGAUGGAGGACUGCGGCAGUGGGAUGCGGGAGACGACCCUUGGGUUGAGCACUGCCGCUGGUUUCCGGCCUGUUCCUUUGCCAGAAAAACCAAGGGGGACCAAUAUAUCGAGCUCAUUCAGGCUUCCGUCGACCAAGGAGAGGAUUUUUCAGAACUGUUUGAAGGAAGAAACAAGACCUGUGCUCCAGCAUCAGGAAAAGUUUCCCGAAGACUUCGUGACUUCCGGUAUAGACAACAUCACGCUUGGGCGCGCGGAGCUCGAGGAACACCGUCGCACGUGCAUUGAGGAUCUUGGCUUUCCAGCAGAAGAGUUUGAAGAGGCCCUCAUUGAGCUUAAAAAAAGUGGAAAUAUUCUUCCGACAUUGGAAGAUCUUAUCUUCUGCAUAGGAGAUAUCCAAAAACGGAAUGAAAUCCUACGAGUUCAACUGGAAGCAGUAACAGUGGACACCCCAGAUAUGGCAAACGUGUCGAAUUCAAUCAAUGCGAAUCUUAGAAAAUCACCAUGGAGAGGAGUAACAAAGUCUAAAUUCCACUAUCAACGACGGAAGAAAGGAAAAAAGGAUGUGACAAUUUUAGAAGUAAUUAAUUUCGAGAUUUAUAAUGUGUGCGCUGCAGAUUUCAGUACUUUCAUUCGGCAUGUACUGUACAGGUUUCAAGAGUUUUCGGUGUAUUUUCGGUUUAAUGGCGGUGAAUAUCGCUGUUUCGUAGUGUUUGAUAUACCAGAAGAGUUCGAAAUUACAGAGGGGGAUCAACAUGUACAGACAUGUUCUUACUUCUCCGAUGUACCUCUUACGGACUUUGUUGUAAGGACAUCGAGAUCUACGGGGUCUUUCUUGGUACAAAGAAAGACGCCAGACUGCAAGCAGCUGUUUGAUAAGCUUCAGUUGUUCGUAAAGAUUCACUUGUGUCCAUAUAAAGUUGAUCUGUCGAAGAAACGCUUGACGAAAUCCCUCUAUGACGAGGACUCUCUGCACGACUUGUUUUACCAUCGUGGUCAUAUGAUAGUUGAAAACAGGAGCUUUGACACCACUUACGGAACAAACAAGAACAGAGAUCUUGUUAUAACGCUGAAGGGAAUAACAGGAACGGUUUUUCCCCAUGAUAAUAGUUCUUUUACAUAUUCAGCAUUUCCAACAAGUUCAUACAAAAGCAUAGUCUACGAGGGUGGCAUAUUGUUACCAACUCCUUCGCAUUGGAAGGCAGGGAUUAGCAUGGGCGAAGAUGCAAAUGCUCAUAAACAAAACAAUAUUUCAACCCUAGAGAGCGCUAAGGCCGAAGAAAAACUACGAAUGAAUAGAAAACGGCCUCGCUACCCAGGGAAAUGCUCCGUGGAAAUCAGACUGGACACGUUUAACGCCUGGCCGCAUUCAGCACCUACCCCACAAAUGCUUGCAGUAGCUGGCUUCUUUUUCACGGGCGAUGCGGACCUGGUUCGGUGCCACCAGUGCGGUAUCGGUCUUAAAGACUUUAGCCCGGUCGACGAUCCAAUGUCAGAGCACAUUAAAAACUCUAGCAAUUGUGACUUCCUCAUUGACUUGCAUGGAAUUACUGGAUUUGAACAGAAAAGGUGCUUUUUCAAUGAUCCUGAAACCGUAAGAAGACUGCAGCUGGAAUCGUUCCAAACACAAAAGGCACCAGAUAUAACAUAUCGAAGACCCGAGUACGCAAGCUAUGAGGCACGCCUGGCUACAUAUGACGGCUGGCCGGAAAAGGUGUCUCAGAAGUCCUACCAGCUGGCAGACGCUGGUCUGUACUUCACAGGUGUUGAAGAUCUUGUGCGGUGUUUCGCCUGUGACGGAGUACUGCGACAGUGGGAUGCGGGAGACGACCCAUGGGUAGAACAUUGUCGCUGGUUUCCGGCUUGUCCCUUUGCCAGGAGAAUCAAGGGAGACCAAUAUAUCGCACUGGUUCAGGCUUCCGUCGACCAAGGGGAGGACUUUUCAGAACUGAAGGCAACAAGACCUGUGACCCAGCAUCAGGAAAAGUCUCCUGAAGACAUCGUGACUUCCGGUAUAGACAACAUCACGCUUGGGCGCGCCGAGCUCGAGAGACACCGACGCACGUGCAUUAGGGAUCUUGGGUUUCCAGCAGAAGAGUUUGAAGAGGCCCUCAUUCGACUCAGAACAAGUGGAAAUAUUCUUCCAACAUUAGAAGAUCUUAUCUGCUGCAUAGGGGAUAUCCAAAAACGGAAUGAAAUCCGACAAGUUCAACAGGAAUCUGUUACAGAGGAAACCCCAGAAAGCAUAUUUGAUGAGAACGCUCGCUUAAAGCACCUAAUAAAAUGCAAGCGGUGUUAUGUCAACAACAUUAACGCACUAUUCCUGCCAUGUGCGCAUCACCGGAUGUGCAUGGACUGCGCGAGCAAAUAUGACGUUACGGUGUGUAUUGUUUGUGACCGGCCGAUCAGGGAAAUCGUGAAAACGAUCAUGGUGCUAAAAAGUCAGGAACAGGAAUGUGUUGAAGAUCAUGUGCGGUGUUUCGCCUGUGACGGAGGACUGCGGCAGUGGGAUGCGGGAGACAACCCUUGGGUGGAGCACUGCCGCUGGUUUCCGGCCUAUCACUUCGCAAGGACAUCUAAGGGGGACCAAUAUAUCGAACGCAUUCAGGCUUCCGUCGACCAAGGGGAGGACUUGUCAGAACUGAUAUUGAAGAGGACGCCCUUCAGCAUAGAAAAAAAUGGAAAUAUCUCUCCAACAUUAAAAGAUCUUAAUAUACGGAAACGGAAUGAAAUUCGACCAAUUCAACAAGAAGCAGAAGCAGUGGACACGCAUGGAAGCAUAUUUGAGGAGAACUCUCGUAUAAAGAACAUUUUAAAAUGCCAGCGGUGUAAUGUCAAUAACGUCAAUGCACUGUUCCUGCCAUGUGCGCAUCACCGGAUGUGCAUGGACUGCGCGAGAAAAUAUGACGUCACAGUGUGUUUUGUUUGUGAACGGCCUAUCAGGGAAAUCAUUAAAACGUUCAUGAGCUGAAACUCGUCAUAUAACUGACACAUAUGAAGUCAAGAGACAGGGAUAAAAAGGGAAUUAAAAUCGAUGCUCAUUUGUACAUUUAACUUCAAAUAAAUUCAUGAAAUGUUUCUUAUUAUUAAACGAAA